GCGCGCGCGCGCGGUCUUCUUUCUCCGCUUGCGCGCACGCAUUGACAAAAAACCGAAAGGUGCAAAAGUGAAGAGGCCAACUACUUUCGUCCUCUUUGAGCACCUAAUUGUGGAAAGCUUUUGCUCUGAUGUGAAAUGAAGUUGGAUCAAAUUGGAAUUUUCACAGCCAAAUAUUUUGGAAAAUUUUCCACAAAAAAUUGGGCGGAAAAUUGGAAUAUUAAUUCGAUUUAAUUCGAUUUGGAGCAGUGUAUAAAUUCAAAGUUUCCUCCCUUAACAGCCAUUCAAAUGCACUUUUUUCUUCGUUUAGUUUUUCUUAUAUAUGGCCUCCAGGCUCUCACCAAGUUCCGUUUUACCGGAGAGUUUAAGUGCAAACAUAAAUUCCUGAGAUCCCAUGUUGUAGUUUAUGAAGACGAUGAGGUGUUCGACAACGUUAUCAGUAAACACCAUUACGUGUUCCAUACAAAUGCACCACAUAUGUAUCUCGUUGAGGCUGAAGAUACCAAUGACGGAUUGCCAAAGUUUUUGGAUUCCUAUUUCGAGUUAUACAUGAUCAUCGUCCACGAUUGCACGGAUAAUGGGAAAUACAAGUUGUUGACAGUUGACUUGGGAUCUUAUUAUAUCAAGGAUGGGCAGUACGAUGAAACACGCAACAUUGAUCUGAACAAUGCCGGUGAAUGGACAAACGAAGUAAUCGGAACAAAGGCGAUGGUGAUGUCCAAGAUAUUUAUUUUCAAUGUUUGAUAAAAUUGUUCAUCAAUA